GCAUCGUGUCGUGUUAAUAGUGAAACAGUGUACAAUGGAGAAGCUAUGACGCACCCGUCGCAUCAAACGAACGGCGCCAGCUUGGAGGAUUGCCAUACAAACUUCUUUGCUCUGACUGACCUUUGUGGCAUCAAAUGGAGGAAGCUUGUUUAUGGUGAAAUGACUGCCAGCUUCGGGGGAACGCCCCUUGAAGAUCCGAUUUUGUCGAGCUUCUCACGCUGCCUCGCGGGAGAUAUUCUUUGCGUAUGGCGGAGAGUAGCAGCUACGCCGGCUGCUGCUGGUUCGACAGCAGCAAGCUCCGGCGGUGGCAUGUACGACAUGGGCAUUACACCUUCACCGGCUCCGCCGCCCCUUUCUCUUAAUGCUGCUAAGGAGCUUUGGAUAUUUUGGUACGGCGAAGAGCCAGAUUUAAGUGGUUUGGUAUCUUCAGAACUUCUAAGCUGUGACAGUGAACAAGGAUCGUGGGAAAGUGGAUUGUCAUAUGAGUGUCGGUCACUUCUCUUCAAAGCUCUACACAACUUGAUAGAACGGUGCCUCUUGUCCCGAGAUUUUAUUCGGCUUGGAAAAUGGUUUGUGCAACCGUACGAUGGGUUUGAGAAACAUCGGUGCAAAAGAUCAAAUGAUUUACAUACUACUGUUGGAAGAAUGAUCCUCCCACCAUCAUUCUCAGGAUCUACCCGUAAUAUGCUUCAGCACUAUCAAGAUGCAAUGGCAAUUGUAAGAAAAUUCGGUAAGCCAGGUUUUUUUAUAACUAUGACGUGUAAUCCCAACCAGGCUGAAGUGAAAGAUAAUUCAUUACAAGUAAAACAACAAUUUUCCGGCGAAGUGCAAGCAUACGUUUAUGUUGUUGAGUAUCAGAAACAUGGAUUACAUCAUGUUCAUUUGUUAUUAACGUCAAAACAAAAUAGUAAAAUAACUGCUCCUGAUAUUGUAGAUGAAUAUAUUUCAGUAGAAAUUCCAAAUCCAGAUACAGAUCAUGAACUUCAUAGUAUUGUUAUGAAAAACAUGAUUUACCAUCCCUGCGGAGAUUGGUGUAAAGAUGAUAAAGUCAUCUUAGCGCCUUAUGGACUGGCAGGUACUCUAACUGGUCAAGUGAGUCGUGUGGAUAAUCAACUUCUUGAGGAAUGGAGACAUUUUUAUCCGAUUAAUGGUAGCCAACAAGAAUCCGGUUUACCUCCAUUAGUCGAGGUUCUUGUAGGUGGCGUACGAAUGCGAUAUCCCGCUUGUUAUGUUUUGGUGACUGAUAUGGAUGAAACAUUAUUAGAGAAUCAAUUGUCGUCAUCGAGUAGUAUUUUUGGUUAUGACCAUCCUCCUUCUACACAAGGCAUAAUAAAAGCUGCUACCGAAUUACCGGAGCGUGUUUGGGCGGAGUGUACACUGGGUUCACCAGCGUCUUCUACCAAAUGUGCAGAUUCUUCCCCAGAACUUGACACAUGGACAUUUAUUGAUCCAACUCAAAAGUCUUCCUGUACCUGUUCCAAAAUGGAAGCACCGCAAACUCCAACAGGAGGUCCACCGUCAUAUUCAAGAGGACCUCCUACCGGCGGAGAUUGCUUGCCUGUUCCAUCCGUGGGAUCACCAGGAUCUCCAGCACCCUCGCCUCUUCCAACACCACACUCCGAACCAGCUUCUGUACCACCAGCGGACCCGGUAAUGCCUACUCUCAGUCCACAAUCGUUACAACCCAGUCAUGCAAAUACUGGUCCUCCUCUUACACCACUGCAAGGUCCAAAAUCAACUUCAUCUGCGUGCAUAAACCAAACUUCGUUUAGCCCAACGCUUGUACCGAUGCUCAAAAGACCAAUUUUGACAUCGAAAGAAUACGAAGGUGCUCUUUUGGAGGAGGAACAACCUCUUUCAUGGUUGUAUGAUUAUUCAACGCAGGAAGCCUGGUUAAACCAUUCCGUGAAAAGAUUUAAAGGAUCUUCGACAGGAACUACAAAUAUUCGCAGUAAUAAUUUAUACCCACCUAUAAAUUGUCAAUUGCUACAUCCACAAACUGUUAAAUUGGAAAUCAAACAAGAGCCUACUACUAUGCCGGAUGAAGGUAACUGUGGAGGGAGACCAGAUCCAUAUGAGUUUGAUGCAACAGCAGAAGAAAAUGGCGGCUCACUUGAUGGACUCAAAAGGCCGAGAGACGAUCCUCCAAAACCUGGCUCUCUAUUCACUAAUGAAGGACUUCAAGCAUCUUACAAAGAUUUGGAUCAAAUUUUCGAUAAUUCUGAUCCUGAUACUUCUAGUGACGAAACUAAUUUAAAUCAGCUCCAAGUACAAACACCGCCAGGAUCCAACAAAUCUAGUGGAUUACAUGAGGAAUCAAGAUUAGAGGGAGUGAGCAAGCACAGCAGUCGAAGUGUAGGCGCACUGAGACCUGAAGAACUGUCUAAAAUGUUUCCUACUCCACCAUCGCUCGAACAUAAUCCCGUCGCGUCACCCUGCCAGCUGAAUGAUCCACCCAUGGAUCAGACUGAGCUUUCUGCAUCUCAGCGCUCGUAUAGGCAUCUUCCAGACAUAUAUCCCAAUAUGGGAUCUCCUCCCGAGGAAUCAAUUGAAGAUUGGUCCUACGUUUUCAAGCCAUCUACAGUUUGUAAACUUGUUGGUUCUUCGAAAUACGCACCGCUUACAAAUUUACCCAGUCAAUCUCUACCACCAAUUUCACUGCCAGCGCACUGCGUAUACAGACCCUCUUGGCAGUGCAAUAAUUCAGCUUCAAACAUUUCGGAGAAAACUACACCGACGACUAGACCUAGUUCGGUACAACAACUGCUUUGUCCACCAAGUCCAGCGCCUGCAGGGACAGGUGCUGCUUAUCGAUCUGCAACCAUAUCUGGAAGACAGCCUCCGCCACCUUAUGAUCAACCGAGUCCAGCUACAUCCACAACUUCCUCUUACUUAAAUAAGAAUCCAAAUAGUAUCGAAGCUGAUACUCCAGGUCCCACACGUAUACCAGAAUCGAAUUCUUUAGUGGUCAACAUUCUGCUCGGUGAUACGGCCCUCAAUAUCUUCCGGGACCAUAAUUUCGAUAGCUGCAGUUUGUGCGUCUGUAAUGCUAGUCCCAAAGUUGUGGGCAAUAUCAAAGGUGCCGACGCGGGCGUAUAUUUGGCCAGUUCCUGGGGACCCAGCAGUGCUCUUUUUCAGGAUGAGGAUCAAAUUCGUUGCAGCUGCGGGUUUAGUGCAGUAGUUAAUCGACGUUUGGCUCAUAGAGCAGGUCUUUUUUAUGAAGAUGAGAUGGAAAUUACGGGAAUCGCUGAGGAUCCUGCAGAUAAAAAGAAAGGCUCUCUCUCGUCUCUUCCUUGCAAUAGCAACGGCAAUAAACAGCUGGAAACUCUAGAUUCAAUGCCGCCCGAUAUUUUAGAUCUAUUAAGAGAACAAUGUUUAAUAGUUCAAAGCUCAGCUAGUAGUUUAUAUAGGGCAGCAAGAAUUUAUGCCAUGACAAAAAGCUGUCCAUCUUUAUCAUCUGUAGUUAACACAUUAGAAUUCAACGACGGUAACGAAGUAUCUUUGGCGGCUUUAGAUCAAGGAAAAGUUGAUGGUACUCAGAACGAACGAAUGAAUCGCGUAAACGGUGUACACCAAUGGGCAUUUCUCAGAGCAAAAGGACCUGAGUGUAGCGGAGAUAUUAUUCGAAUGAUGAGAACGCUUCAACCUCUUUUACAAGAGGCGGUGCAAAAGAAGUGCACGACGCGUAUGUGGGAGGCUCCAUACACUGUUGCAGGACCACUCACUUGGCGACAAUUCCAUCGCUUGGCUGGUAGAGGAGCCGAUGAUCGCUGUGAACCUCAACCAAUACCUGCAUUGGUUGUUGGUUAUGACAGAGAUUGGCUGUCGCUCUCACCCUAUGCCCUCAGUUAUUGGGAAAAACUCUUAUUAGAACCCUAUGCGGGAUCAAGAGAUGUGGCUUACGUCGUUGUGGCACCAGACAGCGAAUGUGUCAUCAGGAAAGUCAAAACUUUCUUUCGCGAACUUUCCACCACUUACGAGGUAUGCCGAUUGGGGCGACAUGCUCCCAUUUCAAAGGCUUUGCGAGAUGGUAUUCUUCGUGUUGGCAAAUCGACCUCUGAGAAGUUUUCUAAGCAACCUAUCGAUGAGUGGUUCAAACUAUUAGGCGAAAAUCAAAUUGGAGAAUUAUUAAGACUAUACGCUGUAGUUUGUAAUCAUCGUCUAGCACCGUAUUUAACACAAGUUAUUCAGGAUAGAAGCUUAUUGGAUACUGUAGAUGGUCAAUCUAAUAAACAACAGCAACCUCAGCAACAAUCACAAUCACAUCAAACACCACCGCAACAGCAGCAGCAGUCUAACAUUUCAGCUUCAGAAGGAAUGCCCGUCACUCCUGAUGGCACUCUUAGCAAACCUGAAUCUGUUGAAGGAGAACAUCCACAAAGUGAAACACCUAAUGCAACUUCGAACAUGAAUUCUACAAUUGGCAAUACAACACCAACUUCUGUACAUUCUACUACUGCUUCUUCAACUAUUGGUCCUGACGAUGAGCAAGUAGAACCUCCUGCUGUUGUAGUUUAUCUAGUAGAACCAUUUUCUCUUGGAGGUACUGCAAAUUUAGAUCGGCGAAGACUUGCUAUUUUGGCCUUACUACGAGCAUAUUCUUCUGCAGUUAGUAGCAUGCCAGAGAGUGUUAGAUCAAAUAUCAAUGUACAGUUAAUAUCGUUAGAAAGUGUAAUGGAAUUAGGCCGAGCUCGUGAAAAGCGAAAAAUUCAAGAUGAAAUGAGAGCAUUAGCUCUAACUGUCUUCCUGCAAGGUCGACGUCUUCUUAACCAUAACUCCACUGUUAAAAGUCUCACCGGAUUUGGCACUGCUGCGGCUGCGGAUCUUUUUCUCAAAAAUAAAGAUGAACGAAAUAAAGAACCCUAUCGACUAUACGCGCCAGCUUAUGUUCUUGCUCCCUUGCGAGGAAAAAGCGAAGCACCUGAAUCAUUCGGCAUAGCUGGGCCUGAGGAAUGCGCUGUACUCUACUUAAGCUAUUGCUUAAGUGAAGAUCAAUCCUUAUUAUUAGCUGUCGCAACAGAUGAUCGAGGAGAAAUAUAUGAAAAUGCUACUAUUAACAUCGAUGUUCCCAAUAGAAAGAGAAGAAAACGUGCUUCAGCUAGACGAAUUGGUCUACAAAAACUCAUGGAUUUCAUUCUUGGAGUUAUGUCACAAGGGGUUCAACCAUGGAGGCUGGUUGUUGGUAGAAUUGGACGUAUAGGUCAUGGCGAAUUAAAAGGCUGGAGUUGGCUGCUUUCACGAAAGGCUCUUCUUAAAGCUUCAAAACACCUGAAAGAAAUAUGUGGCCAAUGCAGUCUGCUAUACCCUACUGCCGCUCCGUGUGUUCUUAGUGCGUGCUUGGUAUCACUGGAACCGGACUCCACUCUUCGACUAAUGGCUGAUCAAUUUACCCCUGACGAAAGAUUUAGUCAGGCUUCUGUCAACUGCCAAUUAUCUACACCGCAGGACGUCACGUGUACCCACAUACUGGUAUUUCCGACUUCAGCCACUACACAAUCAUCGCAAACAGCGUUUCAAGAACAACACAUUAAUGGGCCUGAACUUGGAGAUGAAGAACUUUUUUCAGCGCUCAAUGACGACAUGCCAGAAGGAAUGGAAGGAAUGGGAGACUUCAACGAUAUAUUUAAUGUUUGGCCUGAAGCUGGUGCUGGCGGAGGUCAAAGUCCUAGUGGUAGUCCACAUCGCCGAGAAGAAUCUCCACUCGGUGGUGAUGCAGGUGGCUCUGGCCUUGGAAAUCAUGAUGGACCUGGUAGUCCAUUUCAGUGCAAUACUCCAAGAAUAACUGUGUCAGAACAAACUGAAGAAGUAGGCACACUUCUUCAGCAGCCUUUGGCCCUUGGUUACUUAGUAUCUACGGCACCAACUGGUAGGAUGCCUCCUUGGUUCUGGGCAGCGUGCCCUCAUCUUGAAGGCGUUUGUCCAGUGUUUUUGAAAAAUGCGCUACAUCUGCAUAGUCCAGCCAUUCAACAGAAUAGUGAUGAUUUAUUGCAACAACAAAGUGCGCUCACUGCUCAUCCUCUUGACUCGCAGUAUACCACCGAUGUGUUGAGGUUUCGUAUUCUUACUUUUAUACAUAUUGUGGCCUAA